CCUAAGUUAGGUAUAUAUACACUUCGCAGUAACGAAUGAGUCAAUGAGAUUCACGAUGAAGAUAUUGCUAUACCUUUUGACGGUUAUUGUGUUCAUCGCCGGAACUGUACUUGCCGGCGAUUAUGUCCGACCGCCGCCCCGGAAAACUCUCCAUUUUCCAUGGGAUCCGAAACCUUCGUCGCAACCUCAGCAGGGGGUUGAUUUUCCCAUUGCAGGUUCACAUCUCAUUAGCUGGGGACAAACACAUGCGGGUAACAUGGAUCACCAAUGAUGGAUCUUCUCCUUCUAUUGUUGAAUAUGGAACAUCCCCCGGAAAAUAUAGUGCUAUAUCUCAAGGAGAAAGUACCAAGUAUAGUUAUCUAUUAUAUAGUUCGGGGAAGAUACAUCACACUGUCAUUGGACCAUUGCAAGAAAAUACCACUUACUUCUAUAGAUGUGGAGGAGGAGGUCUUGAAUUCCAGCUGAAAACUCCUCCCUCUAAGUUUCCAGUUACUUUUGCUGUGGCCGGUGAUUUGGGCCAGACUGGAUGGACCAAGUCAACUUUGGACCACAUAGACCAGUGCAAAUACGAUGUUCAUUUACUCCCUGGUGACCUUUCUUAUGCCGAUUGUUUCCAAUAUAGGUGGGACUCAUUUGGUCAACUCGUUCAGCCGCUCGCUAGUUCUAGGCCAUGGAUGGUGACACAAGGGAAUCAUGAAAAAGAAAGAAUACUAUUUCUGGAGGAUGGAUUUGUCUCUUAUAACUCAAGGUGGAAGAUGCCAUUUGCGGAGAGUGGAUCCACUUCUAAUCUAUACUAUUCAUUUGAUGUUGCUGGGGUUCAUAUCAUUAUGCUCGGUUCGUAUGCUCCUUAUGAUGAGCACUCUGAUCAAUAUAGCUGGCUGAAGGCUGAUCUUCUAAAAGUGGAUCGUAAAAGAACACCUUGGUUAGUUGUGCUAUUCCACGUGCCAUGGUAUAAUAGUAACAGAGCCCAUCAAGGUGAAGGUGAUGACAUGAUGGCAUCUAUGGAGCCUUUGCUAUAUGCUGCUGGCGCAGAUUUAGUGUUCACUGGGCAUGUUCAUGCUUAUGAACGCACGAAACGAGUUUACAAUGGUAAAUCUGAUCCUUGCGGUGCUGUCCACAUUACAAUCGGCGAUGGAGGAAAUAGAGAAGGUUUAGCUCACAGGUACAAACAGCCCCCACCAGAAUGGUCAGUCUUCCGCGAAGCAAGCUUUGGUCAUGGCGAACUUAAGAUGGUUAACUCAACACAUGCCUUUUGGAGUUGGCAUAGGAACGAUGACGAUGAAUCAGUGAGGUCCGAUCAGGUUUGGAUAACCUCAUUGAUUGGUUCAGGGUGCAAUACUAGAGGUAGCCAUGAAAUGAGAAGGAUCCUUAUGACCUCUUAGUCCCUCCCCUCAACUUAAUUUUAUUGGUAUGUACAAAGGCGGAGCUAGGGGGCACAAGGGGUUCCUCCGAACUCCCUUGGCUUGAAAAUUACACGAUAUUUACAAUGUUGAAAUCAUAUUUUAUGUAUAUAUAGCUGACAUCGAAUACCUUAGGCUCUUUCUGUUUUACUUCUUUAUGUUAAAUUCUAAUUUCGCCACUAGACGUCUAUAUACAUAAUCAAGUGGUUGUUUGUAUUAUUGUUGUCAUUUAAGGGGAAGUUACAUUGUACAAAAAGAAAAUUUCUAAGAAGUUUCUUACGGUGUAA